AUGGCGAUGCACGAAUGCGAGGCGUACUGGCAGGGCUUCCUACGUCGCCCAAAGGAGCAACGCCGGCUGCGGGAGGAACAGAAACAUUUGCAGAAGGAAACUGUGAGUGCGUGUAUUUGCCUUUUUCUGUCCUUCAUCCUUGACUCCCAAGAGAUGAGACGGGAUUCACUCCACUGGAUUCAAUGGACCAUUGAGGUAUAUGUUUUUCUGUCUCUUGUGCUGGAUCACCAGGCCUGCUGCAUGGUGGCACAAAGGUCUGCAAAGGUGGCGGAACUCGAACGCGCCCUACUUGGCUGUACACCUGAACAGCAGAACCUCCUGCUGCCAAUUUUCAAAUCCCCAGGACUGUUAGAGCGCUUACACGACUGCCUGCUAGCUGCCGAGCGGAAUCCCAGCGCAUUCAGCGAGAGAAUGUCUAGUGACCAAGCCCUUGCUGCCCUUAUUCAAGAGAAAGCUGAAGAAUUCAGGAGAGACCCCCAAGCCUUUUGCCGGCAGGAGGAGCAGCAACAAGAGCUGCACGAAGAAGCUACAAGACCGCUGGAAGCGGCGGAAUUGGAAUACUUAAAACAUCGAACUUGGAAAGAUUUGCCACAGGAAGAACUGGCGGAGAGGAUGGCAAAAGGAGAGAUCUGUCCAAGAAAUGAGUGGAUUCCUGGCAUAUCUAAAGGAAAGCGACCUCUAGAAGGAGCAGCUCUGGAGGAGCAUCUGGCCUUUGGAGAACGGCUGUUACGUGAAGGGCGAGCGGCGUUUGUUGCAGGAGACAUGGAAAUGGCCUACAUGAGAUUUAAGCAGGGAGUCGAACUCUUGAACUGGGUUGAGGCUACGGACAGCCAAAACCAAAAGCGCGUAGAAGAUAUGUACUCGCUCUUCCUCAAAAAUACAGCCCAGGCAGCACUCAAACUUGGAAAAUACCAAGAAGCAAUUCGUGCAUGCACCACUGUUCUACAGGAUCUCGAUGAACACGACGCGAAAGCCCGAUACCGGAGGGGUAAAGCUUACUUGUUGUUGGGGAUGACGAAGAGCGCAAAAGAUGACUUCAUGUUUAUUCUCAAGAGCCCAUAUUCAACAAACGAGGGAGUGCAUGCAGCAAGACUGGGGUUGCAGGAGCUGAGACGAGUUUUGAAUACAAGUGCAGAAGACGCAAGGAAGACUCUCAGCAGAAGCAUCAGCGGCUGCUUGUUCUCCAGAGACAGGCACCGAGAAGCGCAAGGCCCCCGCCUCGCACCGGCAGAAGAAACAGAAGAAUCGGAAAACGACUCCAGACUACACACGCCGCUGCAUGCAGAAGCAGAAAAUGCCGACUUCAGACUGCCGCCCAGCAAGGCAUCAGAACACUUAUUCUCUAACAAGCAAACCAACAAAUAUAGGCAUAAUUCAGAAAGCUACCCGAUUGAUGAACCAAUAAGCGAUCAGGCAAUAACUCCGGAUAACGAAACUUCGGAGCCUGUGGCCUCUAAACUGAAGGAACUGCGGAGCCUCGCGGAUUUUGACUACCGGCGUGUUGUUCUUCGCUGUCGAAAGUAUCUGCCUGAGGUACAACGCCCUAUUCUACAGCGCCACGGUGUAGGCAGAGACCUGGAAAGCAGCAACGGAAGAAGCAACAAUGACAGCCACCGCUACAACAUGCGGUUGCUAGAAAAGAGCGUUUCUUUCUGGCGGUUCAAAGAUGAGACAAUUGAGGAACUCACCCGAGACUGUCUGAAGGCAGUCUUCGGCGACGUUGCCGAUAUUGAUGUGUGA